AUGGAAGCCGCACCAGAGCCAGUGCAGUUCUCUCUGCCACUGCCAAAGUCCCUCGACACCCGCAUCUACGUCCGACUAUCGACCCAGACCAAGGCCAUCAUGCUCUCACUCACCACCGCCCCACAAGACGAGCCUGCCUCGGUGGCGCCUAUGGGUUCGUUUGUCUACGGGUUGCCCAAUAGGUUCAACAGAGGUGAUCCCCUGGCCACCGUCCUGUUUCCACACGAGCCCACCGUCGAGUUCACCACACGGCUCGCCAAGCUACUCGCCCGCAAAACCGAGCUCCCCGUGUACGUGACCAACUCUGUGAGCUUCAAGAAUGCCGGCAUGGGCGGCACAGUGGAGGAGGAGAUGGAGGCUUUCAGAGAUGUGGCCGAGCAGGUGACCGCGAGGAUCAAGCAGGCCGGCGUCGGGGCAAUGGCCGUCAACGGCAACUGA